CCGGGUGCCGGCGGUCGCCGCGGGAGCGUGAGUGCUGGGCGCAGGGCUCUAGGACGCAUUGUCGCCGCACAGACCCCCUUUGUGAGUAGCAGACCGGCCCGGAGGCUGGGAGCCGAACACACACGUCUGCAUGCUGAGGAAAAUGGGUGAGGCCGUGGCCAGAGUUGCAAGGAAAGUCAACGAGACCGUGGAGAGCAGCUCAGAUACCCUGGACCUGGCCGACUGCAAGCUUGUUUCUUUCCCCAUCUGCAUCUACAAGGUCCUGAGGAACGUCUCUGACCAGAUCCACCUCAUCACGCUGGCUAACAAUGAACUCAAAUCCCUCACCAGCAAGUUCAUGACCACCUUCAAUCAGCUUCGAGAGCUACGCCUGGAGGGCAACUACCUCUAUCGCCUCCCCAACGAGGUCAGCAGCCUGCAGCACCUCAGGGCCAUCGACCUGUCCCGGAACCAGUUUCAAGACUUCCCAGAGCAGCUGACCACCUUGCCUGCACUGGAGACUAUCAAUCUGGAGGAGAACGAGAUAGUGGCAGAUGUUCCGGUGGAGAAGCUGGCCGCCAUGCCAGCUCUGCGCGUCAUCAACCUGCGUCUCAACCCCCUGAGCGCCGAGGUGCGUGUGAUUGCCCCACCACUCAUCAAGUUUGAUAUGCUCAUGUCUCCAGAGGAUACCCAGGCCCCGCUGCCUUAGGACACACUCCUUGUACUCACCCAGCCAGGGACAAAGGAUACUGGCCUGCCACCCUGAGAGGAGGGAGGCCCAU